GCAGAGACGGGCGUCCGUGGAGUGAGGUUUCCUAUCCAAGAUGUGGAAGGCUGCCGUGGGCCACAACGUGUCUGUGAAGGUGGAGUCUGAAGGAGAUGAUUGGGACACAGACCCUGAUUUUGUGAAUGACAUCACGGAGAAAGAGCAGAGGUGGGGGGCCAAAACCAUCGAAGGCUCCGGCCGCCCCCAGCACAUUGACAUCCACAAGCUGAGGAGCAAAGUCUCUGAAGAACACCAGGUUCUCAAGAAGAAAGAGCUGGAGACGGGGCCCAAAGCGUCCUAUGGCUACGGGGGCAAGUUUGGAACUGAGAAAGACCGCAUGGACAAGAGUGCACUGGGCCAUGAGUAUGUUGCUGAGGUCGGGAUGCACUCGUCUCAGACGGAUGCAGCCAAGGGCUUCGGAGGGAAGUACGGGGUGCAGAAGGACCGAGCGGACAAGUCAGCGCAGGGCUUCGACUACAAGGGCGAAGUGGAAAAGCACGCCUCGCAGAAAGAUUAUGCGGUGGGCUUUGGUGGGAAGUUUGGCGUGCAGAAGGACCGUCAGGACAAAUCUGCCUUGAGCUGGGCACACAAAGAGGAGGUGGCGCCCCAUGAGUCUCAGACAGAUUAUGCAGUGGGCUUUGGUGGGAAGUUUGGCGUGCAGAAGGACCGUCAGGACAAAUCUGCCUUGGGCUGGGCGCACAAAGAGGAGGUGGUGCCCCAUGAGUCCCAGACAGAUUAUGCGGUGGGCUUUGGUGGGAAGUUUGGUGUGCAGAAGGACCGUCAGGACAAAUCUGCCUUGAGCUGGGCACACAAAGAGGAGGUGGUGCCCCACGAGUCCCAGACAGAUUAUGCCAAGGGCUUUGGAGGCCGCUAUGGGGUGCAGAAGGAUAGAGUGGACAAGAGCGCUGCAGGCUUCAGCGAGAUGGAAGCCCCGACUUCCUCGUAUGAGAAGACCAAGCCUGUGGAGGCUGCUUCUGGAGGGGCCGGCAGCCUGAAGCAGCGCUUUGAGAACAUGGCCAAGUCAGCCGACGAAGAGAACCGGAAGCGGGCGGAGGAGGAGCGAAUGCGCCGCCAAGCCAGGGAGCAGCAGGAGCGGCAGGUGGCUCAGGAGCAGCAGAAGGUAACCCAGGAGAGCAAAGAGCCAGUCUACAAAUUUCCAGGGCAGGAGCCCUCACCAGGGCCUAUUGAGGUGUGCCAAAAGGCCAGCUUGCCACCUGUGCCAGCAGUACACCAGGGGGCAGCAGCGGAGGAAGAGGACCAGCCUCCCGCCCUUCCCCCACGCAAUCUGGAUUUGGACGAAGGUGCCCACGGGCUGGCCAGACCCCCACCUGUGCAGCCCCCUCCCUCCCCUGAGAGUGCAGAUGGUGGCAAUGAUUAUGAGGACGUCUCUGUGGCCCCAAGCCACUGGGAGGAACCUCCAGGCGUCAAGGAGGAGGAUGGCGAGGGGGACUAUGAAGAUAUGCCGGGGCCCUUGAGGGACGAGGAGCCCAUCUACGAAGACUCUACCGACCAGGGCCAGGACUAUGAGGAGAUCCCAGACUGGAAGUCGGGCAGCUGUGUGGUAGUGCCCCCUACAGGAAGUGGAGGACCUGUGUGCCAGGUGGGCGAGACGGGCCUGUCAGCUGUGGCCCUCUAUGAUUACCAGGGAGAUGGGGACGAUGAGAUCUCCUUCGACCCCGGCGACACCAUCACACACAUCGAGCAGGUGGACGAGGGCUGGUGGCGUGGGCGCUGCCGUGGCGCUGUGGGCCUUUUUCCAGCCAAUUACGUGGAGCUCCUGCAGUGA